CCCCCAGGGAGGGGAAGUACGGCCACGCGGCGUGCUUCGGCCUGCAGCCCGGCUGCCUGCUGCCCGACGGCCGGCGCCAGAUGUCCGUGGCGGCCAUGGUGGCCAACUUCAGCAAGGCCACGGCGGACGCCCCGGCGCUGCUGCAGCACGACGAGGUGGAGACCUACUUCCACGAGUUCGGACACGUCAUGCACCAGCUCUGCGCCCAGGCGGACUACGCCAUGUUCAGCGGGACCCACGUGGAGCGGGACUUCGUGGAGGCUCCGUCCCAGAUGCUGGAGAACUGGGUCUGGGAGCGGGAGCCUCUGCAGAGGAUGUCCAAACACUACAAGACCGGGACCCCGAUCCCAGACCAGCUGCUCGACAAGCUCAUCAAGUCCCGGCUCGCCAACACCGGUCUCUUUAACCUGAGGCAGAUCGUCCUGGCUAAGGUGGAUCAGGCCCUGCACACCAGGACGGGGCUGGACGCCGCCGAGGAGUACAGACGUCUCUGCGAGGACAUCCUGGGGAUCCCUGCGUCUCCAGGGACCAACAUGCCGGCGACCUUCGGGCACCUGGCGGGAGGCUACGACGCCCAGUACUACGGCUACCUGUGGAGCGAGGUCUUCUCCAUGGACAUGUUCUUCGCUCGCUUCAAACAGGAAGGAAUCAUGAACCCUAAGGUGGGUCUGGACUACAGGAAGUUCAUCCUGCGUCCCGGCGGCUCGGAGGACGCGUCUGAGAUGCUGAGGAAGUUCCUGGGCCGGGAGCCCCAGCAGGAGGCCUUCCUGCUGAGUAAAGGACUGACGCUGGAGCAGGACGCCCGCACGCCCUGUCCCUGCUGACCAAUCACAGCGCCCGGCUCCUCCAAUCACAGCGCCCGGCUCCACCGACCACCAAUCACACGCUUCACACAGGACAACGGACUGGUUUUCUACUAAAUGCUGUAACAUGUGGGUCAACGGGGGAAAAGGAGCAGAAAUAAAAUGAUUUGACGU